AUGGGGAUCACAGAACUCCGGAGCAAGUUCGCGUGCAUCUCCCAGGUGCCCUUCGUCUUCUCGGACUCCCUCCGCCGCAACAUCGACCCCUUCGGCCGGUUCUCCGACGGGGACAUCCUCGCCGCCCUCCAGAAGCUGCCGCAGGGGCUCAGCAGUUCGAUGGACGCGGGAGAGGCGGCGCUGAGCGCGGGGCAGAAGCAGCUGGUCUGCCUGGCGAGGGCGCUGCUCGAGAAACGGCGGUUCCUCAUUUUGGACGAAGCGACGUCGAACAUCGAUCACCGCACCGAUGCCAUCAUCCAAAAACUCAUCCGAAACGAGUUCGCGGGGGCGACGGUGGUCGCGGUGGCCCACCGCCUGCAGACCGUCCUCGACUUCGACCGCAUUUUCGUCCUUUCGAAGGGCCAAAUCGUCGAAAGCGGAUCCGCAAGGAACUUGGCAGAAAGGGGAGAACUCCACUCGAUGAUCCUCGGCAGCGGCAACCAAAGACACAGACUCAUCGAAGAACUCAAAUCCCAAAAAUGA